AUGUGCUCUUCCGACUGUUUUCUCGCGGUUCUCGCUGUCUUGUUUCCUCCCAUCGCUGUUUGGGUCAAGCGCGGAGUCUGCUCCGCCGAUAGCAUCAUAAACAUCGCUCUGCUAUGCCUUGGAUACCUUCCAGGCCUUCUUCAUGCCUGGUACAUAAUCGCGAAAUACCCUGAUCCGUAUAGCUACAGUUACGAGCCGAUCGAAGGAGGUAACCAGCGAGUAUACUACUAUACCGCAACCUACCCAUCUGUCGCUGCACAUACUCAACCUUCGUACGCACCGCAGCAGCAAGGCUGCCAUCAUCAUCACCAACAGGGUCACCGCCCACAGAGUCCAAGAUCCCAGACAAGGCCUCAAACCUAUGGAACCACUGCCACCGCCACCACAACUACAACCGCUGCCGCUUCAGUAUCAUCGCCACCUCGUCCCGUAGCCGAAACCACAGUUGCCGAUACCCAUAAGCCGGCAAUACAAUCCCAAGAUAACCUUCCAGUUGCUAAUGGCAUGGACCAUGGCGAGGGAUCCUCUGCUGGGCCCUCUCAACCACCACCUAGUUAUAGCGAUGUGGUUAAAGGCGAUUACAAAAUCCAGACAGCUUGA